AUGGACAAGUCAUGGGUUUGGCUUCCAAGGGCAACCACUGAGUAUGAGGAAGGUGCACGUGGUUUUGUGUAUGCAUCAGCAAAGAGAUUGGGUAAUCCUCUGCAGAUGUUAUGUCCUUGUAUCGACUGUCGGAAUGUGUGUCAUCAAACUGCUGGCACAAUACUGGAUCAUUUGGUAAUUAAGGGAAUGGAUCAGAAGUACAAGAGAAAUGCGUGUUGGAGUAUCCAUGGAGAGAGGAGGUCUGAGAAAACAGUUGACGAUCAACAUGCUGAGUUAGAAACAUACGAGUUGUUUAGAUCUGCCUGCUUUGAAAAUGGUUCAGAAUCCUCGAAUAAGGAUGGAGAACAGCCUGAAGUUGUUGGGAGUCAAGAAGAACUUGAGUUUAAGAAGAAAUUAGAGGAUGCAGAAACUCCUCUAUACUCGGAGUGCCCAAACUACACCAAAGUUGCAGCAAUUAUGGGUCUCUACCGCAUCAAAGUGAAGAGUUCGAUUUCAGAGAAUUACUUUGAUCAGCUUUUAAGUAUGGUUCAUGACAUGCUUCCCAAGGGUAAUGUGCUUCCAACAUCCACAUCUGAGAUAAAGAAGUUCUUGAAGAUAUUCGGUUUUGGAUAUGAUAUCAUCCAUGCGUGUAAGAAUGACUGCAUUCUUUACCGGAAACAGUACGAGGUGAUGAGUAGCUGUCCAAGGUGUGGGGCUUCAAGAUGGGAAGUUGAUAAGCAUUCUGGUGAGACAAAGAAUGGGAUUCCAGCAAAGGUACUCAGGUAUUUCCCUAUAAAAGAAAGAUUCAAGAGGAUGUUUAGAUCGGAGACAAUGUCUAAGGAUUUGCAAUGGCAUUUCAGUAAUGCUUCUGAAGAUGGAACAAUGAGACACCCGGUUGACUCAUUGACGUGGGCUCAGGUCAAUGCUAGAUGGCCUCUUUUUGCAGCUGAACCGAGAAACCUACGACUUGGUAUAUCUACAGAUGGGAUGAACCCGUUUUCUAUCCAGAAUACGAAGCACAGCACAUGGCCAGUUAUGUUGGUGAACUACAAUAUGCCUCCGACGAUGUGCAUGAAGUCAGAGAACAUAAUGCUAACCCUUCUGAUACCUGGUCCAACUGCCCCAAGUAACAACAUCGAUGUUUAUCUUGCUCCUCUGAUUGAUGAUCUGAAUGAUUUGUGGAAUGAAGGUAUCAAGAUAUAUGACUCAUUAUCCAAGGAGAAUUUUACACUGAAGGCUAUACUAUUGUGGAGUAUCAGCGACUAUCCAGGUUUGGGGACCUUGUCUGGUUGUAAAGUGAAAGGGAAACAAGGAUGUAAUGUAUGUGGGAAGGAUUCACCUUCUAAGUGGUUGAAGUUUAGUCGGAAGUACGUCUAUUUGGGAAAUAGGAAACGACUUAGGCCUGGUCAUCCUUAUCGACGACGAAGGGUUUGGUUCGACAACACUACAGAGGAAGGGACGGCUAAUAGAAUUCAGACAGGAGCUGAAAUAUUUGAGCUGCUUAAGGAUUAUAAGAAUGAAUUUGGGAAACCUUUGGAGAAGAAAAGCAAAAGGAAAAGAUCAGGUUUGUGUGAUGGUGAGGAGCUUAGACAUGAAGAAUAUGAAGAAGACUCUGACCAAUGGAGGUGGAAGAAACGUUCUAUUCUAUUUGAUUUACCCUACUGGAAGGAUAUGCCGGUGCGUCACAACAUCGACGUAAUGCAUGUGGAGAAGAAUGUCUCUGAUGCUAUUCUAUCCCUUUUGAUGCACAAUACUAAGUCAAAAGAUGGUGUCAAAGCACGACAAGAUUUGGAGGACAUAGGGAUUCGACGUAACUUACACACUCAGCAACGUGGGAAGAAAAUGUACUUACCUCCUGCUGCUUAUUGGCUGAGCAAGGAAGAGAAGAAGAGAUUUUGUAAGAGAUUAUCAGAAUUCAGAGGACCAGAUGGCUACUGUGCGAACAUUGCAAAUUGUGUCUCACUUGAUCCUCCUCUGAUUGGUGGUCUGAAGUCUCAUGAUCAUCACGUUCUUCUGCAGAACUUGUUACCAGUAGCUUUGAGAGGGUUGCUGCCAAAAGGACCUAGGACUGCAGUUAGUAGAUUAUGCAACUUCUUUAGUAGAUUAUGUCAGCGUGUAAUUGACCCAGAGAAGCUAAUAACACUGGAGUCUGAGCUUGUGGAGACGAUGUGCCAAAUGGAGAGGUUUUUUCCUCCAUCUCUUUUCGAUAUAAUGUUCCAUCUCCCAAUCCAUCUAGCUAGAGAAGCACGUUUGGGUGGCCCGGUACACUUUAGAUGGAUGUAUCCAUUUGAAAGGUACAUGAAAACACUUAAAUCGUUUGUUAAGAACUUCGCUAGGCCAGAAGCAUGUAUGGCAGAGGGUUAUAUGGCAGCUGAAUGUAUUGCUUUUUGCUUGGAGUUUCUAAAAACAUCUGUACCAGUUCUAGAGUCUGCAAAUCGUAAUGAAGAUGUUGAUUUGGAUGAGCAUAUACUUGAAGGGCGUCCAAUUCAUAAGGCUACAGAAGUUACACUAUCUGAUAAAGAGCUUGACAUUGCUCACAGAUAUGUGUUAAUGAACACGGGUGUUGUGAAUCCAUAUGUUGAAAUGCAUCUUGAAGAAUUACAAGAAAAGGACAUCCGUUGCAGAAGAAAUCAAACUCUUUUGUGGAAGUUACAUGGAGAACGGUUUUCACAGUGGCUAAAAGAAAAGAUCCCUACUAAUUCAAAAGAGCAUUCGACCCAACUAAGAUGGUUAGCAUUUGGUCCAAGACAUAAUGCUCAAACCUAUAAUGGCUAUAUCAUCAAUGGACAUCGUUUUCAUACUGAAUUCUUAAAGCGGAAGACUCAGAACAGUGGAGUAGCAUAUGAAGCUUUUGCUAUGUGUAGAUCAAGUGUGAAAGAUACCAAUCACGUUGCAGAUGUCGUUUCUUACUUUGGAGUGAUACAAGAGAUAAUAUUGUUGGACUACCACAUGUUCCAGGUUCCAUUAUUCAAGUGUAAGUGGGCCAACAAAGGGAAUGGUCUCAAGGAGGAAGAUGGCUUUAUGCUUGUGAACUUCAGCGUUAACCAAGCAGCAUUUCUCCAAGAUCCAUACAUUAUGCCUUCUCAAGCAAAACAAGUGUUUUACUCCAGAGAAAAUGACUCAUCAAAUUGGAGUGUUGUAAUGAGAGCACCGCCAAGAGGGUAUCACGAGUUAGAAACCGAAGAAGAGUUCGCAGCUGCGCCAAUAACCAUCGAAGAGAAUGAUGAUUUGGGGAAUGAAUCUUCUGAUGAUGAUAGUUUAUGUGUUAGGGCUGAUUGUGAUGGGGUCCUAGUAGUUGAAUAA